UCCUCUGUAAAUCUUAGCCUUUUUAUUCCUUCAUUCGGCGCCAGCUUUGACUAGUCAUGCUGCGGAGGAAUAUGGCUUCUGAAUUUCACAAGACAGGACUGUCUUUAAAACUUAUCUGACGCGAUAGUCAUUGAUUUAAACAUAGAUAAACAUGGAUAAGCCAAAAAGGAAAAUAAUUGGACAUCGCGUCUGACAGAAACAGGGAAACAAGAUACCUCAAGACAAAAGUAUAUCAAUAUAGGUCGUUCAGCAUUCAAUCGAGUUCGUUUCGUUUAAAAUAAAACUUUUACUUUUAACCAUUUCUGUGAACUGGAGAAUAUUGAAAGCACAGAUGACUUCAAAAUUUGGGAAAAUACGGACCUGCAAUAUUGUCCCAGCGCCAGACAGAGGACAAGCUGAAUGCAAUAUCGCUCUUUUAGGAAUUACUGGCUCGGGAAAGUCAGCCCUUACAGUGAAGUUUCUCACUAAGCGCUUUAUCAGUGAAUAUGACCCUAAUCUAGAAGAUACGUAUACUUCGGAAGAGAUUGUGGAUCAACAGCCUGUUCUUGUGAAACUUAUGGACACAGCUGACCAGGAUGGGCCAGUGAACUGUGGGCGCUAUGUGACCUGGGCCACAGCCUUCCUGGUGGUCUACAGUAUUGACAACCGGCGAAGCUUCGAGGGUUGCCAGCAGUAUCUGGAUGCAGUGACACUGCACACUAGGGGAAUUCAGCCCAAACCAGUUCUCAUCCUGGUGGGGAACAAGCUGGACAUGGAGAGGUACAGGCAGGUGAGCAAGUCUGAUGGGGUGGACCUGGCCUCGCGGUACAGCUGUCUGUUCUUCGAGGUGUCGGCCUGCCUGGACUUUGCCUCGGUGCAGAACGUGUUCCAUGAGGCGGUGCGGGAGGCUCGGCGAGAGGCGGAGAGGGCCUUGCCCGUCCGGCCCCUCUUCAUCAGCGAGGACAGGCCCGUGAUGAGCCUGGCCUCCGCAUCGCUCCUCACCCCCUGCUUCAAAGAGCUGCCCUCCCCGGCCACCGCCAAGCUGGUCACCGUGAAAUCCUCACGGGCACAGAGCAAACGCCGCGCCCCUACACUCACGCUCCUGAAGGGCUUCAAGAUCUUCUGAACUUCCUCUGCCAGGACUCUUUCUGUAGGAGCUCUACUCCCAACUUUAUGUUUCCUUUAUGUGUCUGAUUUUUCUGACUCUGACUGACUUUGUAUGUGCUUUAGUUGAGAGGUUGAACUACAUUAGUCUAAAAUGUGUUGACAUAAUGCAAAUGGAAUGUGAAUCCUAAUGAGAUCUCUUAAGGGAGACCAUUGUGAUCCCUUUAAAUGGAAGAUGAUAUGUUUGCACCUGAGUGUUUAGCUCAGAUGAAAGAGGAGCAGAUGGCAGAGGGUGUCAGACUUGCAUUAAUAACUUAAUGUGCUUGUGCCACAAGAAUUUGCUGAGAUGCUUCCACUCAAGAUCCUAUAUGUGGAAACGGCAGCAUUUAAAUGCAGUGGUAGGUUUACAGAACUGCACUGACUAAUUUAGUCUUUUUUGCAAAGUGGUCUGCUGAAAGGUUUGAAUAUUUUUUUUAUAAAAAUGAACAUAUGAAUGUAGUUUUUAUUCUUUUGAUCUAUGCAGCUGUUUUAACUUAACAGCAAAGACUCUUUGUGAAGCUGUCUUCUGAAGCACUUGAUGGUUAUAAGCCUCACCUUUAAAAUGUUGAGGGCAGUUAAUUUAUGAAUGUUGUAUACGUUUUUUAAGAAAGUGAGGAAGAUCAGCCUGUUAAAUUUUGCGUUUAUUUACUGAUUCCAUCAGCUAUUUAGAUUGACACAGAAACAUUUCUUUGUAUUUGGAAUUAUCCGUGUUAGUUUUCUUAGUAUUUACUUUUUCCAGACAAUGCGCUUUUCAGUGGUCUAACACGCAAAGAUUAAAGUAGAUUAUUUCAUAUUAAGACUUAAACAUCAAUCAGCUUGUGACUGCUUUCUAAUGUUAACCAGCACAAGUUCAGAUCAAGCAGAUUUGUAGCCGGUGUUUUAUUACUGAGGUACAGCUAAUCAUAGCCAUAGUUAAAUUACUGGGCUAGAAGAUCAAGGUCAUGCUUCUUUGUUUUUUUUUUUUUUUACAUGAUUACUUUUUCUGUGUGCCAUUUUGCCCCUAUAAAAGACAAUGUUUAUUAUAUUGGAGUCACAAUUUGGAUUUACUACAUGCAGAUUAUAUCAUAAAACAUCAAAGCAGAGCAUGUCAUAUCUGAUGAGGUGUUCAGUAAGAUUAUUUUAUGAACAUUAACAUCUGUUGGUCAUAUGCAAAACAGCAUUGCAUAGAUUUGAUCUGUGGCCACAUUAUUAUUAUUUGAUCUUUUGCAAUAUUAUGUUUGCUUUUGACUAAUCUACAGAUUUAAAGCUCUAGUUUAUCGGAAACUAUGCAAAACAAUUUAUUGUAAAUGGUUACACUUGAACUUAGAUCAAAAGACUGAAGGCCAAGCAUUUUUAAACAUUUAUUAUGUUAAAAAUAAGUAUGUACAAUCCUACUUUGUUUCUUUUGAUAUACAAAUCAUAUAUAAUUUUAACCAACUGUUUUUGGGAAAGGUAGAUAUUAUAUAUACAAAGUUCUCA